UGCCACCGCCUCCUUCCACCCUUCGGCAUGCUGACUCUGCAGCCUGCUGCUGUUGUGGUUUUGGCUCUGCCAUAGAAGAGAAAAUGCCUGAAGCAUCAGAAGAUCAUAUCCACUGGAAGAUUUAUUGACUUCCAUUCUUGAGAAUCCCAGAACAACAUCAGUCUGGCAUGGCGCAGGGCAGUCAGCAACUUGAUGUGCAGGUACUCCAUGACCUCCGGCAACGUUUCCCUGAGAUUCCAGAAGGGGUGGUGUCUCAGUGCAUGCUCCAGAACAACAACAACCUUGAAGCAUGUUGUCGAGUCCUUGCGCAGGAGAGCAGCAAAUACUUAUAUAUGGAGUACCAUAGCCCUGAUGACAGCAGAAUGAACAGGAAUCGCCUUUUGCACAUUAACCUGGGUAUUCAUCCCCAUACCAGCUACCAUGCAGGGGAAGGAGCUCAACUUAACGGUGGUCGUACACUGGUACAUAGCUCAAGCGAUGGACAUAUUGAGCCACAAUGCGCAGCAGGUAAACAGCUGAUAUGCUUAGUUCAAGAACCACACUCUGCUCCAGCUGUUGUGGCAGCUUCUUCUAAUUACAAUCCAUUUUUCAUGAAUGACCAGAAUAGAAAUGCAGCUACUCCUCCUCCGCAACCAGCUCAACAGCCAUCUUCCAUGCCACCAGGAAUGAACACAUCUGCUAUGCAAGGCCCUCAUCCUCCUACAUAUAUGCACAUACCUCGGUACAGUACAAAUCCUAUUACUGUUACAUUAUCGCAAAACCUCCCCUCUGGACAAACAGUACCCAGAGCUUUACAAAUUCUUCCACAGAUUCCAAGCAAUCUUUAUGGGACUCCUGGUUCUAUAUAUAUUAGGCAGACGUCUCAAAGUUCUUCAGGACGACAGACUCCUCAGAAUGCACAGUGGCACUCUUCUCCACAAGGCCCAGUUCCACAUUAUACUCCACGCCCGCUACCUGUUUAUCCACAUCAACAGAACUACCAACCUUCACAGUAUUCUCCUAAACAGCCCCAGAUCCCUCAGCCAGCUUAUCAAUCACCACCUGCAUCUCAGUGUCCUUCUCCUUUUGGCUCUCCUCAGCAUCAGGUACAGCCUACCCAAUUAGGUCAUCAGAGUUCACAUGUGUUUAUGCCUCCUAGUCCUUCAACUCUUCCACCCCAUCCAUAUCAACAAGCGCCCCAAAGUUAUCAAAAACAGGGUGGUCACUCAGUAUCUUAUCUCCCUUAUGGACCUAGCUUAUCCAAAGGUUCUAUGAACAAGAUAGAAAUUACAGUUGAGCCACCACAAAGACCUGGGACUGCAAUGAAUAGAAGUCCUUCACCAAUAAAUAAUCAGCCAUCUCAACGAAACCAGCACCCGCUGUAUGCAGCCACUACUCCAUCUUCAGGCUCUCCUUCAAGAGGUAUGUCAGGUCAACCAAAACCACCAUUUAAUGUUAAUCCAUUAUAUAUUACCUACACACAACCAACUGGACCUACAGCUGCACUAACACAGUCUCCCCGGGUAAUGGUAUCUCAGCCAAACUCAACAGUAUUUAAAAUCACAGUAGGUCGAGCGCAGACUGAGAAUCUUUUAAAUUUAGUGGACCAAGAGGAGCGUUCUGCAGCACCAGAACCUAUUCAGCCCAUUUCAGUAAUACCAGGAUCUGGAGGAGAAAAAGGAAUCCAUAAAUACCAGAGGAGUUCCAGUUCUGGAUCAGAUGACUACGCUUAUACUCAAGCCUUGCUAUUACAUCAGCGAGCAAGGAUGGAGAGGUUAGCAAAAGAACUGAAGCUUGAGAAAGAGGAACUUGAGCGGCUGAAAACUGAAGUUAAUAGCAUGGAGCACAAUCUUAUGCAGAGGCGACUUAGAAGAGUAAACUGUACAACCUCAAUCCCAACACCGGAGGAAAUGACCAGAUUGAGAAGCCUGAAUAGACAGCUCCAGAUAAAUGUUGACUGUACUCUGAAAGAAGUUGACCUCCUUCAAUCUAGAGGUAACUUUGAUCCGAAAGCCAUGAGCAACUUUUAUGAUAAUAUAGAGCCUGGUCCUGUUGUGCCACCAAAGCCAUGUAAAAAACAGCAUCAAACCAGCUCCAAACAGACUCCACAGACUCAGCCAAGAGAUGAAGACUUUGAAGGGGCUCCAUGGAACUGUGAUAGCUGCACCUUUCUGAACCACCCAGCGCUAAACCGCUGCGAGCAGUGUGAAAUGCCACAUUACACCUGAAUCUGGAAAGGGUCUGCAUUAGGUUGAAAACCAGUUCUUGAGCCCACAGCCAUAGGAGAAGGAAACAUGGGGAACCUUUCAGUCCAUCUGCCAGGCCUUUGUUAGUCAACUAUUUUCAGAUUACAAGGGGGGAGGAAAAGAUGUGAAACUGUUUCCACUUGUACUGCACUAAAGAAUAAAUUUAGGGAGUGGGGAGGGAAAUAUUCUUUUCUUAUCCCAUUGCAGUGAGCAAAGCAGAAAGGAUACCCAAAACCAGGAAAGGAUUCACUCUUUGAAGAAUGUAUACAGGAAAGCAGAUAAUUGCUGUUUAAUCCUGUGGCUGCAGUUACUGCUUAGUGGCUCUUAAUUUUUAAAUAUAGAAUUUUUAGUAAUGAUGUGAAAUAUUACAGUUAUCCCGACAAACUGAAGCCAUAGCUGACCUACCUGGUCCCAGCUAGCUGGAAAACAAAGGCUCCCUGUGCUUCUGGAUUGUAAACUACUGAAAAAGAAGACAGGAAAAUGCAACUGUAAAUUUUACAACAGAUAGAAAACAGAGAGAGGGGUAUUUGUAAUUGCUGCUUUUUUUCAGGGUGAUUUAAGUCUACACAAAAAUUUGCUGUUUUGAGAUUGUGACUUCUGGUGCGAAAAUGAGGUACUGUAUGAGCCUUAUAAAAAGUAGAAUUGGAGGUGAUUCUGCAAUCCCUUUUGCUUGUAUAGUGCUCACCAAGCAGUGUCAACACUGGUAAUUAACUAAGAACCAAUUCUACCAUAUUACUGAUGAAAAGAUUGCUGCAUGCUUUUAUUAGGCCAUUGUGUGGUAAAGCUAAAAGUAAAUUAUGCUUUUAUAAAUAACGUUCUCCUAAGACUGCUCUGUAGCAGUACAGUGAACGUAUGCCAAAUGCCAGAACUAUUCCAAAUUCUGUUUGGAAGUUUUGAGCUCAGCCAUGGUUAUGUAUGAGAAGUGUUUGCACCCUGUUACUUAGGCCUUUUCAGCUUCCAAUUUUGUGAAGAAUUCAUGAUGUUUACAGCACAGAAGGUACUUUGUGCCCCAAUCCUGAUUUAGCUGAAAAAGAACAAUCAAUAUUAGCUCUUCAAUAAAGGUUUAUUUGCACAUUGUUAAUAAACCAGCCUGUAUAAAUAGCAGAUGGCAGAUCUGGAAAAGUUGCACACUGCAUUUUUUUAUUUUGGUCAGGAAAUGUUUGCAAUAUAGUGAAGAAUACAAAACACUUGCAAACUAAAAACCAUACUGGUACUUUUAUGCAUAUAAUAUAUUGUAUUAUAUAAAACGAUC